UGCUUUUCUAAAUUACUUGUUUAUGAUCCGAAUCACGGCUGAAACGAACUGGGAUACAGGAUGCAUUGCUUCUGUCACAGACAAUACGUUGAACACUAAGUAAAAAAAUACGUCAUGAAAAAAAAUCUAUUUGAACCGGUUCUUUAGAACAAACUGUUCAUAUGAACCGACUAGCGGAAAUGAGUCAAGAGACACAUCGGGCUUAACGUUACAUGUUGCUUGGCAACUCGGAUUGCCUCACAGUGAAAACUCUUGCUUCGAACAUAUUUCCAUAUAUAUCUAACGUUAACUUACAUAUAAAUAAUCUAAAGUUCACAAUGCUCGAUGCUGCUUUAAGUUCAUACGGAGCCCAGGUUGUGCUGGCUGUAUCAGGCGAUGAGAAUCAUCCACCGGAGAACAUUAUCGACGGAAAAACAGAGACGUUCUGGAUUUCAACUGGCAUGUUUCCACAAGAGUUUAUCAUCCGCUUUCCAGAUAACAUGAACAUUUUUACUGUCUCCAUUCACAGCUACAACAUUAAAAGGCUGAGAAUAGAAAAGAGCACAUCAGAGGACACUGAUAAAUUUGAAGCGGUUGCAGACACAGAGUUUGAGCAAACUGAGAGCAGCCUACAGGCUAAUGAUAUUUCUGUAAAUGUAUCAAAUACAACACAUUUGCGGUUCCUCAUAUUGUCUGGGUAUGACCAUUUUGUCUCUGUACACAAAGUUAGUGUACAAUCAUGAGAUGAUUCAUCUGUUAUGUCAUUUUGUAAACUCACAUGAAGUAACUUACAUGUUUAUUUUAAAAUUAAUGAAACUGUAUCACUGUAUAUUUUUUUCAACAAAUAAAUCUUUUCAUAAUUUCUGUUUUUUAAUAAGUCGCCUACAGU